AUGUUGAACUUCGAGCUCAAGGAAGUUCAACGGGAUGAACGUCUUGGAUUUGGAAUUGAAUUUGAAUUCGCCCUCGCAACUCUUCCAUUAGGAACUGAAGACCCGGAACCCGAAGAUGGUCGUGGGAUAUACUCGAUUGACGCCCCUGUUAAUUACCCAGAAACGGUUACCAGCACACUCUCAGAUAUCGACCGCGAACUCAAUGUUCAAUUGCAUAUCGUGAAUGAAUUAAAAACCAAUGGAAUUACUGCUGCAUCUCAAAUUCAACUGGAACGGGAUCGUAAAGCUUGGAAGAAUGGCAGUUUGGACAAAGAACCGGACCCAAGUGAUAUAUUAUGGAUGGUCAAGCAUGAUGAUACGAUUCAAUUCCCAACCGCCCAAGUCAAGACAUAUAAAUGGUACAAGGUUGAGAUAUGUACACCUGCACUUAUGUUUAGCCCAUGGAAUCUUCGUCAUAUUUGGGAUGUUCUCGGCGUUUUAGAACGCAGAUACCGGCUGAAUUGCAAUCAAUCUUGUGGUUUACAUAUUCAUGUUGGGCUCGGGAAAAAGGAAUUCAGUCUUGAUGUCUUGAAGAAUUUGAUGGCCAUCAUAUUCACAUUCGAACGACAACUUGAACAAUGCCAUCCUUCACAUCGAAUUAAGAACAAAUAUUCAUAUCCGCUUCGCGAUUAUGCAGAUAUUAAUGAGAAUUACGAACCAGGGAAGAAUUUCAGCUGCAGUGAUAAACAUUGGAAACACAAUAGAUAUCUCGAAAGAAGACGAAAACUACCCACGGUGCCAGCUUUCGGCCGCUCGGCGAAAAAUUCUUUAACUGCGAUAUUCAAUGCCAAAUCAAGAGCCGAAAUUGUCAAAAUAUUCCGAUCAGAUGAAGAUGUUCGACUUGGGUUCAACAUCCGAUUUCUCGAUGAGCCUUACCCGGACUCUUUCAAACACACCAUCGAAUUUCGACAACACGAAGCUACCACAGCACCCAAAAGAAUAGAACGCUGGCUCAAUAUCUGUUGUCGCUUAGUCGAUGUUGCGCGCCAGACAGCCAGUGCAAGUGCUGAGGAAAAAGAACUCUUCCACCAGUUUCUAGAGGAACACAUAGGACAGGAUGUGGAGGAUUUCGGAUUGGUUAUUCUGCUGGUAAAUUUGGGGUUGAUGCAGGAGGCUGAGUAUUACAGUUACGAGAUAGCUAAUAAUCCGGAGUUGAGACCACUGCGGAAAAAUGUGCUCAAAAGAUUCUGUGAUAAUAUUGUGGCAGCGAUAAUGAGUUCUGUUGAAUGUUAUGAUAUGGCUUCUCAAAUCUAUGAAGGGAUGUCACUUACAUUAUUUUCUGCAGGCACGGUUUAUGCAUUCUACAUCUCCAAGGCUUAG